UAUGUUUUGAGACACUCAUGCUUUUCAAAGCGCCGUGAGCUGCUCCUCGCUGCUCAGUCUGACGGCCACAUCUCAUCGAUCAAGAACUGAUCAAUACUAAAAGUGAUCUAACUAUCGGAAACUAACUGGAGACUUUUUCCAGCAUGGAUCAAUCUGCGGACGGAAAUACAGAGAGCAAACAGAAUGCUGCGAAACCGCUUUAUCAGCGUUAUUUGGUGUCUUUUCCAGCCAUAGUGUGUUUAGUGUUAUCGCUGAGUUCAAUAUCGGUGUGUUUUCUCAUGACUUUCAAAACGCAUCGUCUGGAGAGCAGGCUGCGCGAGCUGGAGCUAAAGAUGAUUGACAUCUGUCAAGAAUCAUCCAAGGACGUCUCUGUUCCACUGGAAGCGCGGAAAUCCAUCGAAACACUCUUACAGGAGAGACUGAAUGAAGCGAUACCGAAGUUGCGUGUGGUGAGAGAUGUGACACAAGACUGCAACUGUCCUCCAGGUCCCCCGGGGAAACGUGGUCGGAUGGGCAGAACAGGCGACCCUGGUCCACCGGGCACACCUGGGCGAGACGGUUACCCGGGUCCACUCGGUCUGGAUGGCAAACCUGGUAUCCCUGGACCUAAAGGAAGCCAGGGGUUGCCAGGACCAAAAGGAGAUAAGGGUGAUCAAGGAGACACCGGGCCAAGGAUGGUCUUUCCUCGUUAUGAUCACAGCUAUAUCUCGGCCGAUCAGCCCACUUUCCAGAGGCGUAUGCUGAAGGGUGAUCAAGGACAAGCAGGCCCACCUGGACCUCCAGGCCCUCCUGGAGCACCCGGUGCAAGAGGACCCCCAGGAAACACAGGGAAGGAUGGUCCCCGCGGCCCACCUGGAGAACCAGGUGCUCCUGGACAAGAAGGAACGGAGGGACAUAGAGGUUUACCAGGAAAACCGGGUGAAGAUGGUGUUCAGGGUCACCCAGGAACACAGGGACCCCCAGGGCCAAAGGGUGAGCAGGGAGAGCCAGGUCCUCAGGGUGACCGAGGAACCGAUGGUCUGCCAGGCUUAAAGGGAGAUAAGGGAGAUGUUGGAGAACAAGGGUCCCAGGGUGAACCGGGCCGCCCUGGUGAGAAAGGCAUAUCAGCAUCCGGGGACAUCAUUGACUUCAAUGGCAAACUCUUAGAUGCCUUUCAGGCCAUCAAAACCAUCAGUGUCUCGGGACCACCUGGCCCUCCUGGACCCUCGGGACCGCCCGGAAAAGAAGGUGUAAAGGGUGAACUUGGUUUGCCUGGGCCUGCUGGGCUUGAUGGCAAAAAGGGUGAACGGGGAGACACUGGAGAGCCUGGUGAACCCGGAGAGAGGGGGGAAAAGGGAGAAAUGGGCCUCUCUGGUCCCUCUGGAAUGGAUGGGCAGAAAGGAGAGAAAGGAGACUCUAUACUAGAGGACAAUCUGGUUCAGAUGAUUUCACAACCUGGACCACCAGGGCCUCCAGGUCCACCAGGACCACCUGGAUACAUGGGUCAUCGUGGCUUGCCAGGCUCCAAAGGUGAUCCAGGGGAGAGUAUUAAAGGAGAGAAGGGAGAAAAUGGUGCUGCAGGAAUACAAGGCCUUCAUGGUCCUCAGGGGCCCCCUGGAGCAACAGGAUUAGUUGGUCUUCCCGGCACAAAGGGUGAAAAGGGAAAACCAGGGGAACCUGGAUUAGAUGGUUUUCCUGGCAUUAAGGGAGACAGGGGUGAUCGUGGAGAUAAAGGAGAGAAGGGAGAUCGCGGUCCUGUUGGAAAGAGAGGGCUAAAGGGAAAGAAAGGCGAACAGGGGCCGCCGGGUCUGGACCAGCCCUGUCCCGUGGGAACUGAUGGAUGUAAAAAAGAGGCAGUGGAAACGGGGCCGCCGGCCCCUGAGGCCCCCUGCCCACUGGGUCCCGAUGGACUUCCAAUACCAGGUUGCUGGCACAAGGAACAGGGAAUGCUUCAAAAACUCAAGAGGAAACGUCUCUCCCAGCCUUGAUGUUCUUCAAGAACCCAAUGAGUUUAAAUGACUUUACUGUCCCUCAAGUGACGCCAUCUCAAUAAUACUGGUUAAUAUUGACGGUCCUCAAUACGCAGGUCAAACGAGGGUGCAAACAGUCCUCACUAUGGUCAAUAUUUUUCAUGGAGGAACAUAAUUGAGCUCUUGGAGAGAUGAGAGAUCAGGGAUUUGCCUCAUGGAUGCAGCUGCUCCAUAGGACAGCAACAGCAGCCUAACAUAAGAGGCUUUGGCAUGGAGAUGAUACCGAACAGAUCAUUAUUUUGAGAAUAUUAAUGAACAGUCAAGAUUUAUUUCUUAUGUGUUACUGUUUAAUGCUUGGAUUUUUGUAGUUUUUAACCCGCAAGCAAAAACACAAAGCAUCAGGAAUCGAUGCCCAAAGACAUUUGGAUGGUGAGCAUUUACUUAUUAAUGCAUAAUUGACCAUAAAAUAAUACAAUUAAUACUACAUCUGUUUUAAAUCAGCGCAGCAAAAUAGUGAGCAAGAAUAGUGUGUUAUAUUGUACCUGUUUAUUUUGUUUUCUUUAAUACUACUUUCUUUAAUACUAAGUUUUGUUGCUCACAUUUGUUGUGAUACUUUAUAUGAGAUACAGUAUAUGUUGACUCUGACUACUUGUCUUUGUUUUUAACAUCACAAUCCUUGAUACAUAUUCCAUAGUGUUGAUCAUAAUAAUUUAUGAUAUAUACUGAUGUGCUUUUUACAGAUGGCUGAAACUGGAGGUGUUUUCAUGACCUCAGUUCAGCCAUUGCAAGGACUCAAGUUUAAGGCUGUUUUUUUAUUUUUUUUUAUUUGACAAAGUAUUGCUCUAUGAUCUUUCAUAGCAUGAAGGCAAAGAAAACAUUAGAGAUUCCAUUUUAUCAAUCUCAUUUUCUUUCUUUGGUUUUC